CUCAGCAACCACUCCCAUCCGCGCGAUGCGACCCGUUCGGUUGAUACUGCUUGCGGGCGCUCUUUCGAGUGUUGUUACCGCUGCCGAAGACGCGAUCAGUGGCAGCCCGAUCCCCUCAUGCGCGCAAUGGCGCGACUCGGCGCCAGAUGCCUGUCUGCAGCCUCUGGACGCAGUUACGACUGUAGUCGCUGGUUCUUACUAUGUUGCAAAGCUGCCAUGUCUGGAUUGUCCCACUCUGGAAUAUACGGGGAAUGGACCAACCCGGAAACACUUCAUCACGCAGAAGGAGAAUAGCUUGCUCUACAAUAUAUCGCUCUCCCGCGACCGACACGAUCUGCUCCUUAAUUCAAUGUCCAUCACCCCUCCUCUCUCUCUCCGCUCCAACGGCGAACCCCCACAAGUCUACGUCCCGCAAGUCAAUCCCAACUUUAGUCGCGCAGAUUUAGACACGUCUAUUGCGUGUGUAGGAAUGCCAUGCAACGAUUAUAGUGGAGCAUGCUUCUGCUUGGAGCCAAGCAAUAGUCUCGUCAGCCUGGACUACGAUUACGCCGCAUCCGAAAUGGAAUCCGAUGAGACAACAGCAAGUUGGAAGAUUACAUUCGAUGCGAUUGGUGGACAGGACGGAUAUAUGGAUGACCCGGACUGGGUGUUCAAUAGUACCGCACAGCAAAUGCUGCAGAUUACCAUCCAGGGGACUAUCGACUCGGUCCAUGAUGCGGAGGACAACGAGGUAGUGCAGGCUUCAUCAACCCUCUUCGGCGCAGUCGAGGCGCAACCAAAGCCACGGUAUACUUUCGAAAUAGUCGACGUGCAGCUAGUGGGGCGCAGUUACAUGUUCACAUCACCCCAUCGCUCUUUGUGGGACAGAAUCCGCUUCUUCUUCGGCUUCGAGACACGGCGUCCAGACGGCCAUAUAAUCUACCGAGAGAGAGAGUGGAGCUGGGCGAAGAAGGGAACACUCAAGAACGGCCUCCUCACCAUCUGGAAUGACUGGGACUGGACUCUCAUGAUCAUCAUUGUAUUCAGCAUCCUUGGCGGAGUCGUUGCGCUCUAUGGGCUAUAUCUCCUGGCCAAGGCCAUCAUGCUACAACACGAGCUUGCAAGCAGUGGAGGCAUGGAUGAGGUAUGGCGGCAUAUCCGCCGAGGGAGAGAUGACGACGAAGAAGAGGGCCUCCUCGAUGGACAAGAAGACGACGAGGACCCUGAGUCCCCUCACCCGGAAUUUCACACCCCGAGAGCAAAGCCACUACCGAGCAAGCCUCUGCCGGAGAAACCGUUACCAGAUGUGCCAUUACUAGAUGAUGCUUAAGGACAGAUCAAGUAAAUCAAG